AUGGAUCUUACCAAUGAUGAAAUAUACCUAUUAAUCGCAGCUGAUUACUUGGCAUCAAAGACGAAUAAAGACCAUCCGAGUAUGCUCACAUUGAUUGAACGGAGAGAGUCUUUGAUAUUCUGGGCAAACCGCAAAUGUCACAAACCACCCCCGAGGAACAUAAUGAUAUCUCGAACAGACCCAGUAAUGUUGUUUGCGCGCAAGAAGUACGACAUGAAUGAUCCACCAUCCGUCAAGAUUUACUUUGGACGUAGUGAACUUGUGCAACUCCUCGAUUUCGAUAUGAAUAUAACUACAGCGAUCGAAGUCGCUGAGCAACACCACUUAGCUUGGACUAUUUCAUGGGUAUGCGGCAUUAGACCAUCAUCAAUUGGAACGCAUCCAAACUCACUCAAUGCUUAUAUGAAAUGGGAAGAUUUUGAAAUCACGAGACUGUACGAUAAAAAUGAUCAACCAAUUAUCGGAGGAUUCGUAAUGCUUGCCACCAUUGCAUACUUAAGAAGGGACCCAAGCCUAACAUCAUACAAUCAGAGGUUCAUACAGCAAAGUUCGCAAUUUACACCCCUAAUCUUCCGCAGAAUGUUACACUAUCUCCGACAUAUAGGAUGUUGA